AUGCCAAAAGACAAGACAGUGACUGAACACACCCCUGCACCCGUCGUAACUUUUCACGCGCCCGAGAACCGGACGUUUCAAAGGGUAUUCAGAGAUCAAUCUCUCGAUGAACUCAAGGACUCUGUGAGGCAGAAACUCGGUCUGUCGAACACCGCGGUAGUCAACCUGGUACGCGUUCAGGAUGAAAGUGUAAUCGACCUAGAAGAUGAUGAGGACUUCGAGGCACUGCGUGCAAUCGCACGGCCUAACAAUCCAGUCAACAUUCGUGUGACGCUAGAAUUGCCGAACGAAAUUCUUGCAGACCUCACAGCUCAUGCAACACGGGAAUCAAACACCGUUUCUCAAGAAUCUCCUGCAAGGAAGAAACGAACAUCUGUUUUUCCGUCUUCUGCAGGCCAAGAUCCUGUACCGAAUGCUGAGAUGCAAAGGGAGACCACGUCCGAAGCUGAAAUAACUACGCAAUCUGUAGUGAGGCAGGCUAAUGUCUCUGAUAUCCCUGUCGUGACACCCGCAAGAAAACGGAAGCGAUCUUCUAUUUUCCCAUCCGUUAGAGGCAAUUUACGGCAAGAAAAUUCAGAGACGUCCGAAGCGAUAACAUCCGAGGCUGCAACAAUCAUUCCCAUGCCAUCUACUGCCUUUGCCGAUACCCAGCAGACUACUCUCGCGUCUAGCAACACUAGUGAGCCUCCCAUCAAGAAGCACAAGAAAGACAAGGGUAUUUCGAAGACUUUCGCUUCUACCCCAUCGAGUAUCCGGACUGAUAAUGACGUUUCGGAAGAGUCUCUAUCUCGUGGGCGGACCGCGAUCGUUAAAUCUAAGGGGGCUGAGCAAUUGUUGAUGGCGCCAGGUCCUGAGAAGGCCAAAGAUACUGUCUUGACUUCGAAGAAGGCUAAAAAGCGAAAACGACAGCAAAGCACUGAUACUCACGAACCUAGUACUCCCAGGUCUGAGUCGGAGCUCCCUCUUGAGACACCUACACCCGCUGCUGACCAGUCGCGCGUCCAGAAGGCUUCCACUUCUCGGUUUUCCGCGCCAGCGCCCGUCAUUCCCUCCAUACCUAAUGAGAAGAAAGGCAGAUCGGAUUCUGAACGGCAGAGUCGAAACAAUCUUGCUAUAGGUCCCUCUGGAUUGUCGUCGACGCCGACCGGGAAAGAUGCGUCUGCGCAAUCUACUCUCAGUGAUACACCAGAGAAACCGAAGCGGAAAAAGGCCAAACAUGAGGUUCGCCGCGCGUCUGACACGUCGAAUGCUUCUUACGUGAAAGACCAGACCCUAUCCCUCAUUUCAGAUCCGGACCGGGCCAGACAGAAGAAGAAAAAGACGAAGAAAAAGGCUCCAGAGCCUGAGGAGUCUGCUGGUCCGAGCGGAACUCAAACACAAGACAACGACGGCAAAGGUGGAGCUGAGACUGCAAAGAUGGGUGGACGGCCAAGUAAAGUUCUUAGCAAGCUGCCCGAAUAUGAUUCUCCUCAACCUAAUGGGGACUCUGCUAGCCUGUCUCCAGUAAAGCCGUCCGUUUCGAAAACGCCGAAGAAAGCGAGAGAGAAGAAAGAGCACAAGCUACAGAAUGAGAGCGUUGAAGGUCGCCAGACUGCAGAGACGUCCGCCAGCACCUCAUCGUCGAACCCAUCAACGGAAGUAGCUGCUGAGCCUGUCAAAGUGAGAAGGAAAAAAUCGAGCAUAGCUUUGGUUGCGAAACCGGCUGAGGAACAGGGGCAAGAUGCAUCGGAGAUGACACGAGAAGAGAGGUUCGCAUACAUCAAGGCCGCUGCUGAUACCGUGUUGGCGAACUUGAUCCCAGUUGACCCUUCUGUCCAGUCAGAAGCGGCACGUAAAGCAUUGUCUGAAAAGAGUCCAGAGAAAAAAGCACGCCGGCUACGUGAGAAGCCCGGGAAGUCGAAGCUCAGUUCCUCAUGGGUUCCGGAGAAUUCUGUGGGUGGCGACGAACCACGGGGUAGCGCGUCUCCUGUAGUGGAGGCGGCGGCACCGUUGUCGACCUCGGCUGUGGUAGCUGAAAUAGCAAAGAGCAAAGGCAAGAAACAGAAGGCGAGCAGGUUGAGUGUGAAUAGCAAAGUCGUUCCAAGCCACCCGGUUGGCCAGGCCGGUCCUCUUUCUACUCCAUCAUCACCUCAGCCAUCCGUCACAAAUAUGGUGGCCAGCGCGGCACUUACUACUGUGUCUCAAGCGCUUUCGUCUCGUCCAGAGACCAUCCUCCCGAAGAUCCCGUCAACCCCACGACUUCCCGCAGGGUCAGAGAUCUCGGAAGUCCUAGUUGAGAGCCGGGAUGAAGGGAGCAGCAGUGACGGCUCGACUAGCGAUUCGGAAGACGAGAGAGCGACGCCGAUCGGAACCGCUAGCUUUUCGUCGACCAGCAUCAACGGUAUCGAUGUGGAUGCUUUGCUGCGCGGACCCGUUCCCAAACUGAGUGUUCUGGCGAACUUGCCCUCGGAGAGUAGUAGUGACGAUGAAGAUGACAAGGACGAUGUUGACGCUGAGGACUUGGAGGGCGAGGAGGAGAGAUUGGACAAGGACUAUCGCCGCUUAUCGCAGAAGUUUGGACGGGCUGGAUCAUCCUCCGAUGAAGCGGAGCAAAAUGGUGUCGAAAUAGUGCUGUCAACAGGCAUGGAUAUUGACCCUCAAGAGCCGGCCGUUGAACAGGCAAGUUUCAAUGUUGGUGCGAGAGACGUUCAGUCUACAGGUGAGGAGGUCAGCGAGGGGACUUCACCGAAGGUAACUCCCGAGGUUGAAGAGCAAACUCCAUAUACGCCAGUGGAGAAUGAAACGGAGACGCCUGCCUCGGUUCCCCAACCUGAGCCCAAUCCCUCAUCAUCCUCACAACCGCUUGCAGAUGUGGAUGAGGCCGAAAGACAGCGACAACCUACUGCAGAGUUGGAAAUCAGUGCAGAGCGCAGUACUGCUCGUGAAGGUACCGAGAACCUGGAUGCGGCAGUCGAGCCUCAGACAUCCUUAGCCGCUGUCCCGUCGUCUUUGGAGACAAGUGACCUGAUAGAAGAACAGACCGAUUCGACCGUUGUCCCAGAAGCCGACCUCAAUGCGUCGUUCGACAGCAACCCUAUGAUCGGGGAUGAGCUGGAGAUGCAUGAGGAUGACGAGCCUAUCGAGCUUGCAGAUGAUUCCCGCUCUCGAGACAGCCCUAUAGACGAAGACGACCCCGUAGAGACAGACACAACUCCCUCGCCCACAGCACAGAGUACGCCUCCGCCGCUCAGUAUGCCAAAGCCAGGAACUGCGAAGCGCAUGAAAGAUCGAAACGGUAAAGUUCCGGGGGGGGAGAGCGAUCUCCCAGUACUCGCAUCUAUGCUUUUUGACGCACGAGCACAGUCCACCCCUAUGCCAGCCGGCAAGACGAGCUCUCAGCCUGCGGGCAGCGAUCAAGUGAAGCAGACCCGACGGUCGGCGCGCAAGACCCAAUCAAUCACGUCGAUGAUACCGCCACCGCUCCCGGAGACUAAGCGUAGGGGACGUCCUUCCGGGACUGAGAAACCACUAUCUGCGUUGACGCCCCCUCUGCCUCCUCCGGCUGCUACGGACGCUAAGGCGGCCGCUGAACCAAAACGUCGAGGCCGCCCACCUCUUCCCGCGGAAGAGAAGGAGAGGAGAGCAGCGGAGAAGAAAGCGGAAAGAGACCGGGUAGCCGCAGAGAAGAAGAUGAAACGGGAGGCGGAGAAAGCGGAGAAAGCGGAGAAAGCGCGCGUCCAAGCGGAGAAGGGCUCAGCCAAGAAAAAAGGACCAGUGGCGCCCAAGUCAACGCCUUCAUCUGGCGCUAGUAAGAAUAUCGAUGCUGGUGUGGACGCUGGGGUGGACUUGACUAUCGUGGACACACCUAAAACAAUGCAGACAUCGGAGACCCCCCUGCGGCCGACAGCGUGGACGGUUUUAGCGCAAGAGUCGUCCAUGGUGGAGCCCGAAUUGUCCAUGGUUGACGAGCUGCGUUCCAGCAGUCCUGAGCAUGGGGCUUUCUCUCCGGCACAAGCACCAUUGAAAGUCGUCACCCCCUCCGCGGAGAAGCCAAGUCCUGAGCGAAAGGUCCCCUCAAAUGGUAAUCAAGAACAAGACGCAGAUCUGGUGCUGGAAGCGGAAUCGCGAGCAGAAUCCGAGCCUUUAUUCUUACCUGGCACUCAGAUCCAACUCGUUGACUCACGCUCGCCAGCUGCCAUACGAGAUGUGUCUCCCGCGCGGUCCUCUUCUAGUAAGAAUGACUCAGAGGAAGAGGAUAUUGCCGCGCCGAAAGCAGCCGCCCGACCCCGUACCAAGGGCUGGAUGAUGAACUCUGCGCCCUUCCCCCGCCUAUCGGAUAUCGCGAGCCAGCAACUCUUCACGCCACGCCAGGAACUUACCCAGACACCCGCUGCAAGUCAGAAGACUGAGACAAAAGUGAUACACCGACACGAUGAGAUCGAGGACGACGAUGAUGAUGACGAGUCGGAGGAGUCGGGGUCGGGGUCGGGGUCGGAUUCGGAUGCGAAGUCGCACAUUCCGCGCGAGCGACGGGCGGGUGCAGGCGUGAAGAAGAAAUCACUUGGUAUGUUGUCUCUCUACACGGGGUGA